AUGCUCGCAACAACGUGGUGGCGCGCGGCAAGCCAAGGCGACGUCGACGGCCUGGACCGUGUGCUGGCGCUUGAAAGCAACGAAGACUGGCUGCAUCAAAACUACUAUGGCUACACGGCGCUGCAUCUCUGCGUCUGGGGUGGCCACGUCACAGCAACGGCAUUUCUCUUGGGCGCUGGCGCCGACCCAAAUGACUGUGUGCACAAGCCUUCGGACGUUCGCGUGCAUGGCAUCUCACCGCUGCACUUGGCGACGCGCGAUGGUCACGCCGACGUAGUGCGUCUUCUUCUGGCGUUUGGCGCUGCAGCCGACGAGCGCUUCCUCGGUCGCACCCCGCUGCAAGUCGCGUCCGAGUAUGGGUACUUCGAGAUUGUCGAGCUGCUCGUGCGUCAUGGUGCCGCCAUCGACGCUCAAGAUAUGGACGGCCGCAGCAGCUUGCACAGCGUGGCCGCGUGGGGCUAUGCGCGGGUCGCCCGGCUCUUCUUGGACCAUGGUGCUAGCGUGCAUCUUUUUGAUGCGAAGGGCACCAGUGCGCUGUUUGCGGCUGCGAAAGGCGGCGAUGCUACCACGACGACGCUCCUUCGUCGCACGGGCGCACGCUUGCACAAUGUCCAGUCGCCGACGACCUUGCAUCGCGUCUUUGCCGACGCGCUCGAGGGUUGGAUCCUGCAAUGCAAGGACCACGAUGCACUCCUCGAUCUCGUCGGACGACUCAACGAUGGUGGUCCGUUGGCGGCACUCUCGGUGCUGGUGCUCAACGGCUUUGUGCUCGAAGCCUUGCGCCUCGUGCUCGCUGUCGGAUUGCAUCCCACGCAUCAGACCACCUUUUUGAGUGCGCUCGCUGCGUGGGCUGCAGACUACGACCAGCCAACGCUCGUCCAGUUUUGCCACGACUGUGGCGUCUGA